GAACAUUUUGGGGACCCAUUCAAAGUGGCUUCUGCAUAUAUGGGGAAGGUGCCUGAAACCUAUGAACUUUGGUGAUCUUGCUUCUGCACAGCUUCACCACUUUGCGGACGCAAGUGAGGAGGGUUUUGGAACCGUGACCUAUCUGUUACUCCGUGACAUCAGUGGCAGAGCUUACUGCGCAUUUGUGAUGGGUAAGGCACGUGUGGCUCCACUCAAACCUGUUACCAUCCCCCGUAUGGAGUUGACAGCUGCGGUGGUGGCUAGCAGGAUGGACAAGCUGUGGAGAAGGGAGCUGCAAAUGGAGCUCAAAGAAUCAGUGUUUUGGACGGACAGCACUUCUGUUUUGAAAUACAUCAAGAACGAGACCUCGAGGUUUAAAAUCUUCGUAGCCAACAGAGUGUCUGAAAUCCUCCAGUUUUCCGACAUGUCCCAGUGGAGGUAUGUGAACACAGUGGACAACCCGGCAGAUUUGGCUUCUAGAGGUGUCAAAGUUGAGUCUUUCCUGAGAGCUGGUGUUUGGCUUUGUGGUCCUGAUUUCCUUUCAGGAUCGGAAAUCGAAUGGCCGACAAACCCAGAGGCUGUGGCAGAGUCUCUUGUUGGAGACCCGGAGAUUAAGGUUGUGUUGACGAAUGCUGUGCAGGUCGAGCAGGAAACUCCAGUAGACAAGCUCAUCUGUCACUUUUCCUCCUGGCUCGGAUUGAAGCGGGCUGUUGGUUGGUUCCUCAAGUUCAGAAACUUGCUGUUGUCCUUGGUGCAGCAUAGGCAGCAGUUGAGAGAGACUCUUGUGGGGUCAGACUUGAGUCCUGCGCAACUGGAGAAGGAACUGAAGAUCCAGAUGGAAAAUAUUAAAAGUAAAAUGUCUAAGGACUUGCUGUCAGUGGAAGAUAUGGUUGCAGCUGAGAAAGCCAUUGUUCACUUUUGUCAGAGACGAAGAUAUCCCGAAGAGUUCGCUUAUUUGGACAAAGGAGAAUGUGUCAAAAGGACGAGCCACCUCUACAGGCUGAAUCCCAUUUUGGACAAUGGUUUAAUGAGGGUUGGAGGAAGGCUUAGUAGAUCUGCUUUGCCAGCUGAGACUAAACAUCCAGUUAUCUUGGCUAAAGACCUGCACAUCUCUAAUCUUAUUCUUCGUCACAUCCAUCAAGGAACUGGUCAUAGUGGACGUAACCAUAUGCUUUCUCACCUGCGUCAAAGGUAUUGGAUUCCAGGUGCGUGUGCUGCCAUUAGAAAGAUCCUGGCUAAAUGUAUUGUCUGUCGCCGUUUGUCUGCUACACCUGGAAAUCAAAAAAUGGCUGACUUGCCUUCUUGUAGAAUCACCCCAGACGAGCCUCCAUUCAGUCAUGUUGGUCUAGAUUGUUUUGGGCCAUUUGAUGUAAAGCGUGGUCGUGCUAUGGUCAAGAGGUAUGGCCUCAUUUUCACUUGUCUGGCGAUACGUGCUAUACACCUUGAAGUUCUGUCUUCGCUAGACACGGACUCCUUUAUCAAUGGUUUGCGAAGGUUCAUUGCCAGACGUGGUCAGGUCCUGGAAAUCCGUUCGGAUAAUGGUACCAACUUUGUGGGCGCUGAACGUGAAUUGAGGGAGGCCUUGGAAAAGCUAAACCACACUCUUGUUAAUAACACCUUGUUGCAAAAGGGCGUGAAGUGGGUUUUCAAUACCCCUGCCGCGUCGCACCAUGGAGGCGCUUGGGAGAGAUUAGUCCGUUCAGUUCGUAAAGUCCUGAAUUCCAUCUUGAAGACUCAGACCCUGGAUGAGGAAGGGUUGGUGACUGUGUUUUGUGAAGCAGAAGCGAUUGUUAACAGCCGUCCUAUAACGAAGGCAUCCACGGACCCUAAGGAUUUGGAGGCGUUAACCCCCAACCAUCUAUUACUCCUCAAGUCACAGCCAUCAUUGCCACCUGGUCUGUUUGAGAAGGCCGAUGUAUAUGCCCGUCGCCGUUGGAAGCAAGUACAGUAUAUGUCGGAUCUUUUUUGGAAGCGUUGGUUAAGAGAGUAUCUUCCUAGUCUUCAAGAGCGCCAAAAAUGGAAUCAUGUUAGGAGGAAUUUUACGCCUGGUGACCUUGUCAUGCUCGUGGAUGAGAUGGCACCACGUGGCUCGUGGAUUACAGCAAGAGUUUUAGAUGCUGUUCCAGAUAAAAAUGGACUUGUGCGCACUGUGAGGAUUAAAACUAAGUCGAGUAUUUUGGACAGACCAAUCACGAAAGUUUGCCUUCUGCAGGAAGCGGAAGAACAGUGACCGUUAUGGACUCUUUCUUUUUGUGGUUUAGUAUGGUUUCUCUUCUGUCUCCUACAAGUAGUUGGUGGUGGGUAAUUAUUACUAGUUAAUAAUUAGGGGCCGGUAUGUAGGAGCCAUUCGUGGGUGUUCUAUUGGUUUCCUCACGUGACCCAUGUGCACUAUACUGCGGUGUCUGGGGGCGGCACGGUGGGUGUGGUGUGGCCUAUAUAUGCGCGCGCUCACCUGCUGAGUGGAAGGCCUUGUAUCAUGGUGGCGGGGUGAGCACGGGGAGCAACUUUCUGUUGACCGUAUUUUAACAGGAAAGAUUUGCAUAUAGAAGCUAUCGGUGCAUGGCUACGGACGGCAGCAGCUUUACAGUAAGUGCUCUAACGCGUACGCCUACUAUGACAAUCAAGUACCGUGUAUAUGCAUUUGUUCAGAGUUACGCGUCCACAGUGUUUUACCCCGUGUCUUAGCCCGCCGCGGCGUGUGGGAUGAGCAUUG